CAAUAUUAGGUUCCACAGUAAUGAAUGUUGAUAGCCUUUCAGGGGUCAAAUUAUACGAUCUUACCAUUUCAGCUAAUAAUGGUAUUGAAAAAAAAGAUGAGUUAGAAUUUACUGAAAAUUAUAGUAAUGAUUAUGAAGAUCAUAGUAUCAAUGAGUCUUUAUCUGACGACAAUAAUGAAUAUGAAUAUAAUUAUAGAAUUUUUAUUAAGUUAGAGAAUGGUACAACUCUUUCGGCAAAGUGGUAUACAUCUAGAAUAUCUACAGUUGACGAAUUGCUUUUAGAUAUUCACAUAAAUAUUGAAGCUUUAACAAAAAGAAAACCAAUCGAAUCAAGCAAUUACCAUGUUGCAUUUAAGCCUGAAAAGGCUACAGGAGCAGGUACUCAAUUAGUCGAUGAUCAUGACUUUAAAAAAUUUCAAGCCGAUUACUGGAAAUAUACAUCUAAAAAUAUUGAUAUG